AUGUCGGUGAUUCCUGUGGAGAAGCUUGCCUUCCUUGGUUGGAAACGGAAAGUGGCGGAGCUGCUGGGCAGCGCGCUCUUCGUCUUCCGCGGCUGCCUCUCCGUGGUGGAGGACACAGAGGGCACGGGGAGGCUGCAGCCCGCCCUGGUGCACGGGCUGGCCAUGGUGCUCGCCAGUGCCACCCUGGGACACAUCAGAGCCGAGCUGGGCGCCAGCUGCACCCCGAGCCCUUGGCACAGCAAAGGCAUGGCGGAAGCCACCUCAACCCCGAAAAAAAACGGUGGGCUGAAGGUCACGAUGCUCAUCCCGUACUGGGUCUCCCAGCUCUGCGGAGGGGUGAUAGGAGCUGGCCUGACAAAGGGCUGGCCUGGCCAGCCCCAACCUGCCACCUGGCCCCGGAGCUCCAGCAGCAGCAGUGUGUGCCAUGGGGAGGGCGAGGGGGACUCCGUGCAUCUCUUCUGCAUCGUGGCCGACAAGCAGGUCCCCUCCAUCCUCGUGGGCGAGAUCAUCCUGACCGCCGUCCUCAUCCUCGUGGUCUACAUCAGUGCUGUCAACGAGAAGACCAAGACCCCGCUGGCACCUUUCUGCAUCGGCUUCACGGUCAUGGCCAACAUCCUGGCAGGGUGA